AUGAAGAGUGCAUACCGAAGUGUAAUGUUCUACAUCUCGCAAAGAGACUUAGAGAUGCAGUACAAGAUGAAUAGAGUUGCUGCACAGUAUCGUCAGAAAUGUGAGGGUAUGCAAGCAAAGUUUAGCGAGAAAUUGGAGCAGUUCAAUGUAGCAUACCAGAAGAUGGGCAAGAGGUGUCAGAUGAUGGAACAAGAGGUAGAAAACCUGACCAAGGAUAAACAAGAGCUCCAAGAGAAGUUUUCUGAGAAAUCAAGACAGAAGAGGAAGCUUGAUGAGAUGUAUGACCAGCUAAGAAGUGAGUAUGAGUCAGUCAAACGUACAUCCAUCCAACCAGCAAAUAACUUCUAUCCACGACACCAGGAACCUGACUUUUUCUCAAACCCUCCAGUUCAUAUGAUGGAGAACAGAGAGCCCACUCGCAAAGACCGGUCGUUUUUCUCUCCUGCGACACCAGGACCUAAAGAUGAGAUAUGGCCAGCAAGACAGAACAGUUCAAACUCGGGUCCAUUCGACAUCUCCAACGACUCACCUGCAAUUCCAUCUGAUCUUGGAAACAGAAGAGCAGGAGGAGGACAUCCUGUAUUUGGUGGUGGUGGUGGUGGCAAUGCUAAUCCCCAGUCUACUCUACGCAACCUUAUCCUCUCCCCUAUCAAACGCUCUCAGCUCUCUCGUUCCCGCCCUCAACUAUUCACGUAA